AUGUUAGGUCGUUACACCGUCCGAGUAAUGAUUUUUUGCUGGUUUUUUGCAUCACCAGUUGCGGACUCCAUUUCCGGCUCCCGAACGGAGUCCUUUAACUUGAUUUGUUUCCACUCCUUUAUACCUUCCGCCAUGAUAUCCUUUUCGUCGAGGGUAUCCAACCAUGCCACCUGA